AUGGCUACCGCACCACGAAGUCGUCUUGAUCAACUGUUCGCAGGUCAAUCUCUUCCUGCCCGUCCAACAACUGGCCAACCUCACUUCUCUGAGCGGGAGCUUCAAGAGAAAGCGGCAGAAGACAAAGCAGCAAAAGAUCAAGUCUGGAAGCUUCCCUCUACUGCACAAUACCCACGCAAGAUCAAGACACCGCCAAAACCAGCCCCGGGUGUCGAUCUUUUGAGCAGUUCCGACGACGAUGACUACAUAUCCUCUUUCAGAAAGAAACCUACGAUGAAGACACCCACGAAGCAAGCAAAGACAGCUAAGCCGCGUGCGAUGCCUGAGCCUAAUGCAUUCGGCUAUCCCAAGGAGGCGAAAAUCGAACCAAAAGGACCCAUUGAAUACAUCGCAAAAGGCAAAGUCUCGUCUAAGCCGAAGCCGAAACAGGGCGUUGCCUACAUACAAGACUCCGAUGGGGACGAUUUACCAACCUCAAAUCCGCAAGGAGCCCCUGUCACCGGACACUUCUGCCAGUUCAGCCUCGCGUCAAAGUUUCCAUACAAGUACAUGAAUGACAGCAAUGACCGAGUUUCAAGGCACUUCUUCGCCAACAACAAGUUCUAUGACAGACCCUGGGACGUCUAUUAUUUGAACCCGCCAUACACGCUCAGCGCCAAACCGAUCAUCCUCGUUCCCUACGCCCAGGUCGAGAAGUUGAUCAACGACAUUGGUCAGACAUUCAAGAUUGCAGUAUCAGUCCCCGAAUCCCCGUUCACUCUCACAUUCUUCGACGACGGUACUCCGCAACCCAAACUAUUGGGGACUUCCCAGUCACGAGAUGACUUCGCGGACCUCCAGAGUAGGAUUGAACUGACUCCGGAAGAUCAUGGUGAAUGUCCGCCAAAGGCUUCCCACGAAGUCAAGCAACAAUUUGAAGCUUUCCGGAAGAAGUGUGGAGAUGCAGUGGCCGCCAGUAGGAAGAAAGGCGUCGCUGUGAAGAAGAAGAGAGAAGAUGAUCGUUUGCUGACCAUACGAGACUGGUAUUCUCAGCUGAGGAGAGUACAGAGAUACUUUGGCCUGCGCUGCAAAUCUGGCAAAGUCUCCUAUCCAGAUCCUGGCCUAUCGUGGGACGAACAAGAAGAGUUUCGUGUGAAGCAGUUGAAGGAAGCCCAUAUCAUUCUUGAUCCUCUGGAGGUCAACGCACCGGCACCUUUACCCUUCGAAAAGGAGCCGAUCAUCAUUUCAGUUGAUAUAGAGUCAUAUGAGAGAGCUCACAAUCAAAUCACCGAGAUUGGUGUGAGCACUCUGGACACCCUUGACCUGGUUGGACUGCCUCCAGGAAAUAACGGGAAGGCCUGGAUCAACCAAAUUCGAUCGCGUCAUUUCAGAAUCAAAGGCAGGGAACACCUCGUCAACAAGGAUUUCUGCGUCGGCAACCCAGAUGCGUUCCAAUUCGGACGUUCCGAGUUUGUCGAAUUGAAAGACGCUGCUGCCCAAGUCGAUAGUUGUUUCGAGUGGCCCUUUUCUGUGCAGUACAAGCAUGCAGGGCUGGAUGACCCAUGGGAUGACGAGAGUGUCGGCGGAACCCCGGAGGCUGGUUUAAGCGAAGAUGCUCUCAAUCAUCAGCUGAAUGGUGGCAACAAAGCCGCAAUUGCCAGUGUUCUGAACGGCAUUGGAGAUAAGGACGCCAUUGAUCUUGCGGUGAAGCUUGCUAAGGCGAAGCGAGCUGCUCCUGGUGAUCUUCAGAGAGGACCCCGAGACCGCAACAUUCUCCUCCUCGGCCACGAUCUUCGCACUGACCUCGACUAUCUCAGGGACCUCGGCAGCAAGAUCUUUGGACCAUCUCGUGGUACUUAUCCUCUUGCAGGAAUGGAGACGAUGGGCACGAAUGAGAAGCACGUCAAGACACUUGCCUCCAUCCUGGAAGCUAUCGACACAGCUCCAUUGUACAGAGUUUUCAAAGAAGAGACACAGAACCGCAACCUCGGAUCGAUCAUGAAGGAUCUCGGUCUUACGAGUUACUUCAUGCACAAUGGUGGAAACGAUGCCCGCUAUACUCUUGAGGUGUUGAUAGCGAUGGUUGUCAGAGCCAGAUUGAAAGAUGACGAUGCAAGAAGAGAAGAUGAGAAUCAGAAGAACAAAGCCACGGUGCCUCAGUGGAAUGAUGGAAAUCAGCACGGCGACAAGGGCGACAAGGCUGAUGAAGUUCAAACCAGUCAAGCUCAGCAACAAGGUGCGUCUGCAAGGAAGGUAUCUGAUGGUUCGCUUGACGCCUUCGAAGCGGCUAUGAUGGCAUCAUCCGACUGUGAGCCAUCACCUCCUCGACAGAAAGACCAAGGCAUCUCCGCCCUGACUCAGAGACUGCAUAUGGACCCGUCGGUCGACGACGAGGAACCCAAGUCUGGUUUGCGGCACUGA